AUGGCAAACGAGGACGACAAGAAGGCCACCCAAGCCGACAAGGGCAAGGGCAAGGCUGUGGACGAGACCCCCAAGGAGGUCAAGAAGGACAAGGAUGGCAACCCCAUCAAAGAGGAUGAGAAGCUCCUGCCCGCAGAGGAGCUGAGCGAGGAGGAUCAGCAGCUCAAGAACGAACUUGACAUGCUUGUUGAGCGGAUACAGGAACCCGACACCAGCCUGUACAAGCCUGCGCUAGAAGCAAUCAAGAACUUCAUCAAGACCUCGACUUCGUCGAUGACUGCGGUCCCUAAGCCGCUCAAGUUCCUCCGCCCGCACUACGAGUCGCUCGAGAAGACGUAUGAAUCAUGGCCAGAGGGCGAGGACAAGCAAUCGUUAGCAGAUAUGAUGUCGGUGCUUGGCAUGACCUACUCGGACGAGAACCGCCGCGACACCCUCAAGUACCGCCUGCUUUCCCCAUCAAAGGACCUGGGUUCGUGGGGACACGAGUACAUGCGCCACCUGGCUUUGGAGAUUGGACAGGAGUUCCAAGAUCGUCUGAACGACGACAAGGUCGCUGACGAGCUGGUUGAUCUCGGCCUGAACCUUGUUCCCUUCUUCCUCAAGCACAACGCUGAAGCCGACGCUGUCGAUAUCCUCAGUGAGCUCGAGAUGAUUGAGUCAAUCGACCAGUAUCUCGAUGACAACACAUUCUCGCGAGUCGCGCUGUACAUGGUCAGCAUGGUUCCCCUCCUCACCUACCCUGAUAACGACCGCUUCCUUCGCACCGCAUACAAGAUCUACCGCGAUCACAAGCAAUUCACCCAGGCCAUGGUGAUAGCGAUCCGCCUGAACGACAAGGAGCUGAUCCAGGAUGCUUUCAACGCCACCGAGGACAAGUCCAUCAAGAAGCAGCUGGCAUUCCUCAUUGCUCGCCAAAGAAUAGUUAUUGACUUGCCUGAGGAAGAGGAGGAUGGCGAAUUGGCCGAGUGCCUGAACAACACCAGGCUCGCGGACCAUUUCAAGGUGCUUGCAAAGGAGCUCAACAUCCUGGACCCGAAGACCCCCGACGACAUCUACAAGACGCACCUCGAGAGCAGUCGCACAGCGGGCCUUACUAACACCGACUCGGCCAGACACAACCUUGCCAGCGCUUUUGUCAAUGCUUUCGUGAACGCCGGAUUCGGCAACGACAAGAUGAUGCUGGUUGAUGAGGACAAGAACAGCUGGGUGUGGAGGACCAAGGAUGAGGGCAUGCUGUCAACGGCGGCAUCUCUGGGUCUGCUGAUGCAGUGGGACACCGAAGGAGGCUUGGAUAAGAUCGAUCGCUACACCUACCUGGACGAGGACCAAAUCAAGGCAGGCGCUAUGCUCGCCAGCGGUAUUGUUAACUCGGGUGUGCGGAGCGACGCCGACCCUGCCAUGGCUCUUCUCGGCGACUCGGACAACUUGGAGAGCAAGAGCGUGCCGAUUCGUGUUGCGUCUAUCAUGGGUCUUGGCCUGGCAUAUGCGGGAUCUAACAAGGAAGAACUUCUCGAACUUCUCUUGCCGAUUGUCAGCGACACCUCGCUGGAUAUGAAGCUCUCGGCCAUGGCUGCCCUGUCUCUGGGCAUGAUCUUUGUUGGUUCUGCCCAGAGUGAUGUCAGUGAGGCCAUCAUCCAGACUUUCCUGGACGAGGACCGGACGAAGCAGCUCAAGGACAAGUGGACGCGGUUCAUGGCUCUCGGUCUUGCGUUGCUCUUCUUUGGUCAACAGGAGGAGGUUGACGUCAUUCUGGAGACUCUGAAGGCGAUCGACCACCCCAUGUCGAAGCCUACCUCGGUUCUUGCCGAAGUCUGUGCUUGGGCAGGUACCGGCGCCGUGCUCAAGAUCCAGCAGCUGCUCCAUAUUUGCAACGAGCAGAUUGACGAGGACAACGAGGAGAAGAAGGGCGAUGAGCUUCUACAGGCAUACGCUGUCAUUGGUAUCAGUUUGGUUGCGAUGGGUGAGGAGGUCGGCCAAGACAUGGUCCUCCGCACUUUCGGCCACCUGAUGCACUACGGCGAGACGAACAUCAGGAAGGCUGUUCCCCUUGCCUUGGGUCUCAUCAGCCCAAGCAACCCUCAAAUGAAGGUGUACGAUACGCUUUCGAGGUACAGCCACGACAACGACAACGACGUGGCGAUUAACGCCAUCUUCGCCAUGGGUCUUGUCGGCGCGGGUACCAACAACGCACGUCUUGCACAACUGCUCAGGCAAUUAGCAAGCUACUACUCGCGCGACCCCAACGCGCUGUUCAUGGUGCGGAUCGCCCAAGGUCUGCUGCACAUGGGCAAGGGUACUCUCUCGGUCAAUCCUUUCCACACUGACCGCCAGGUUCUGUCGCGUGUCUCUGCGGCAGGUCUCCUUACCGUCCUUGUCUCGCUCAUCGACGCCAAGCAGUUCGUGCUUUCUGACUCGCACUACCUGCUCUACUUCAUGGUGACUGCCAUGCAGCCUCGCUUCCUGAUCACACUCGAUGAGGAGCUGAAGCCGCUGACGGUCAACGUGCGUGUUGGUCAGGCAGUCGACGUGGUUGGACAGGCAGGUCGCCCGAAGACGAUUACGGGAUGGCAAACGCAGAGCACACCGGUGCUGUUGGCAUAUGGAGAGCGUGCAGAACUGGAAGACGAGCAGUACAUCAGCCUGAACAGCACGUUGGAGGGUGUGGUCAUCCUAAAAAAGAACCCUGAGUGGGAGGAAUAA